AUGGUGCAAAAUCUGAAGGCUCUAGCCUUGUUGGCCCUGACAGUCCGCACUUUCGCUCAAGCUCCUCCGACAGUAAUCUUAGGCCCACCGGAAGACUACCAAAAGCCACCAGCAGAGACUGCAACCGCGAGCGGAAGCGAUCUUAUCAUCACACCUAAGGACCUCAGCCAGGGCAUCCCACCAGACGGACUCGACCUCUUCCUGGGGCCUGAUCUCAAGACACAAGUCUCGCAAACUCUCAAGGCCACCUCUCAAUGGAUGGACGGACCAGUCGAGGCACACCAACACAUUCCGGCUGCAGUUGUUUCCCAGCUGCAGGCCCAGACGGCAAGCACCAUCCAAUUCGAGACCUCAACAGGAGCUCCACCAGUCACUGUCACAAUGGCUCCCGCUACGAGUACUGCUGCAACACCCGCGACUAUUACAACACUUUCUACCGACUCCGAAACCCAUCACAAGGGCGACGUCUUAAUCAACAUCCCCGCUCAGCCAGCAGAUUUACUGCUGCAGCUCAUCUUGAUGGAAGGCCACUGCAAGCUCAAACAAAGCAGGAUGUUUGUCCGUCGUGGACCCAGACCAGACCUCACAGUGGCUACGAAUGCUGCGAUGACGGUACUCUACAACGCUGGCCGAUUCACGCCUCUCGACUUGUUCGAUAUCACUGGCCUCCCGCAACGCCUUCUCCACUAUCGCGAUGAAGCGGUCCAGGCCGCUCUGGUAUCGGUCCAAGAAGCUGCACUCAAGCUUCCAGUCUUUGCUGGCGUUGCAGUCGACAUUACGAAAGAAGUAGCAAGCAUAGUCUUUGCCGCGGCAUAUGGCGUGUGCAUUGACAACAUUUCAAGGCUGGAACAGAUUGCUAUUGAAAGCUCCAUGGUAUCGGAAGAUCCGAUCGCCGAGGACGGUCAAGAAGAGGACAAGAAUUGUCCUAAAGACAAACCUCUUUGUGACGAGGCGGGCUGUCUUGGCAUCGAAGGCGUGUGCCAAAUGGUUAAUGUCUUCAUCCAACAUGGGACCCGAAGCGAGUGGGACGCAGGACAGCAAUUGAUCGGCGCAAUGUUGAAGAGUGCCGCUCCUGAGGCCCCCAAGCUCGAUUGUGAUGCGGACGCUCGUGUGGAUCUGGAGAGCGGCGACUUCACAAAGCUUGUCGACUCAUUCUGCAAUGGGUUCAACCUCAAACCUGAUCUCGACAAGAACAUCGACCCGAAGGAAGCUGGUUCUCGUGGCGAAUACACUGGCACCUCAUUCAACUUUGCUUGGAAAGCCAAAGACGGCCAAUGUUCCACAUCGUGCGCCGACAUCUUCGCGGCAUUCCGAUCCUCGACAGUGUGCAGCUAUGAUAGCCACACCAUGUCCAAGUCCGGCUCUCAAGAAACAGCUUGCGGCACAGCUUCCUUCAAAUUCGACAAGUCCGAGACUGAAGACUCGGAUCCAGUCGUCGCCAACCCUCUCAAGUGCGGCGACCGAACGGACCAGGGCAACGCCGAACACUUCAUGCCGUUGGACACGAUGAACAAAGCCAUCGACAAAUUCUGCAAUCAAGGCCGCGGCGACAAGUCUAGAGUACUUCCUAUCGACAAACACGCAGUCUACGUCGAGAUGACCGCGCUGAAAGGGCCGGAUUGUCCUGCGACUAACUUCAAGAGCAAGGCUACGAAGCAGAUGUGCAAGGACGAGCUGAAAUACAUCAUCAACACAUGCGACACUUCGAAUCCCAGCGGCGCGGAGGAUUGGAAGCAAGGCGGCGAGUACACUAAAGGAUGUUUCACCUAUGCAAUUCGAUUAGCGCCCGCUUCUCUCUCGACGUACAUUCUUUGGGGCGAUGAUUGA